UGCGUCUCAGGCUACACAGUUGGCUUUGGGAUUCGCAAACAUUUGGUCACCGUCCAAAACCCAAAAAAAUACACAACACAGAGAGAGCUUCAGAAUCCAAAACCCACCGCACUUGCCCAUGUUCAGCUGCUUCAAUCUCACUCCUCGUUUCAUUUUCUCAGAUUCCUAUAUCGUCAUAUGGCCUAUGAGAAUUCUGGAGUGCCUAUAAUUGUGUAAGAAACCGAAAAUUUUGGGACAUUAUGCAUGUCUGGCCCUGUGGCCAUUGGCGAUAAAGUGGAAGAAGCACAAACUUUUGCAGAGAGAACAAAGUCUCUUGAUGUCAUUUCCAGAGAAGACAGAGAAUCCAUAAUAACUAAUGGUGAAGUUGCUGAUACUUCUGAAAUUGCAGCCUUUAGAGUCAGGGAGCUAUUACUUCCGAAUAGGGAGUCCUAUUCUGGACCUGUGCUUGGCAACAUCCCUGAAGGAAAGGGAAAAUAUGUCUGGUCAGAUGGCUGCAUAUAUGAUGGUGAAUGGAGACGGGGGAUGAGACAUGGGAAUGGAAAAAUUAUUUGGUCUUCAGGUGCCAUUUAUGAGGGCGAGUUUUCAGGUGGAUAUAUGCAUGGCACAGGGACCUACAUUGGAUCGGAUAAGUUGACUUAUAAGGGGCGAUGGCGGUUAAAUCUCAAACAUGGUUUGGGAUAUCAAGUCUAUCCUAAUGGAGAUGCCUUUGAAGGCUCUUGGAUGCAGGGGUUGCCAGAAGGGCCUGGCAAGUAUACAUGGGUAAAUGGAAAUGUUUAUCUAGGAAAUAUGAAAGGAGGGAAAAUGUCAGGGAAAGGAACUCUCACAUGGACCAAUGGGGAUUCAUUUGAAGGAAGCUGGUUGAAUGGCAUGAUGCAUGGAUUUGGAGUAUACACGUGGAGUGAUGGAGGCUUCUAUGUUGGAACUUGGACCCGCGGUUUAAAGGAUGGGAAAGGGUCGUUUUAUCCAAAAGGCAGCAGACUUCCAGCAGUAGAAGAACUUUACCUGAAUGCUUUGAGGAAACGAGGGCUCUUGCCAGAUUUAAGAAAACAGAACAACGCACAUAUCCAUCAUGCUGGUUCAGGGGAUAUGGGAAAUGCUAAGAUUGGAGAGAGGCUGCAGGGAUCUCAUCGUGCUUCAGCCAACAAAAUCUCUAAUAGAAAUUUGUUAAAUUUGGAGCAGUCACAUAGAAAUGUUUCCUUGGAAAGGCGUUGGAGUCUUGAGGUAUCUUUUGAAAAAGUUAUUGGACAUGAUCCAUCAUUAUUGGAGGGUAGAGAAAAAGAUUCUGAGACAGAAAUUCCAAUCUUAGAGCGAGAAUAUAUGCAAGGUGUCUUAAUAAGUGAGCUAGUAAUAAAUAACAGCUUUUCUUCAUCAUCUAGAAGGGCAAAACGGCGACAAAAGAAACUAGCUAAAGUGGUCAAGAGACCUGGUGAAGCAAUCAUUAAAGGUCAUAGGAGCUAUGAUCUAAUGCUCAGUUUGCAGUUGGGUAUCAGGUAUACUGUUGGGAAGAUAACACCAAUACAAAGGAGAGAAGUCCGAGCAUCAGAUUUUGGCCCUCGGGCAAGUUUUUGGAUGAACUUUCCUAAAGAAGGCUCCCAAUUGACACCACCUCAUCGGUCAGUAGAUUUUAGGUGGAAAGACUAUUGCCCUAUGGUCUUUAGGAAUUUAAGGGAGAUGUUCAAGAUCGAUGCUGCUGACUACAUGAUGUCUAUUUGCGGAAAUGAUGCUCUCAGGGAACUUUCUUCUCCUGGAAAAAGUGGUAGUGUGUUUUUCCUAUCUCAAGAUGAUCGUUUCAUGAUUAAGACACUGAGGAAAUCUGAAGUUCAGGUUCUUUUGCGGAUGCUUCCAAGUUAUCAUCAUCAUGUAAGGUCGUAUGAGAACACCCUCAUCACAAAAUUCUUUGGUCUUCAUAGGAUUAAACCUUCAAGUGGUCAAAAGUUCCGCUUUGUAGUGAUGGGAAACAUGUUCUGCACAGAGCUAAGAAUACAUCGAAGAUUUGAUUUGAAAGGUUCAUCCCUUGGUCGUUCUGCAGAUAAGAUCGAAAUUGAUGAAAAUACAACACUUAAGGACUUGGAUUUAAACUACUCUUUUUAUCUGGAACCUUCUUGGCGAGAGGCUUUAAUGAAUCAGAUUGAGACUGACAGCAAAUUUCUGGAGGCGCAGCACAUUAUGGAUUACAGCCUUCUCAUGGGAGUGCAUUAUCGGGCCCCCCAACAUCUGCGGUCUGUCAUGUCCUACAAUAAUACCAAUCGAGCUGAUGGUUUGGGAAUCCUUGCAGAGGAAGAGACUCUGGAGGAUGAAAUCUCUAAUUACCCACAAGGACUUGUUUUAAUCCCUCGUGGAACAGAUGAUGCUAGUGUUGUUGUGGGCCCUCACGUGAGAGGUAGCCGGCUGAGAGCAUCAUCUGCCGGUUUUGAGGAAGUUGAUCUCCUUUUACCCGGUACAGCAAGAUUCCAAAUCCAGCUGGGUGUGAACAUGCCAGCAAGGGCAGAGCAGGUUCCUGGCGAACAGGGAGACCAGCAGACAUUUCAUGAAGUAUACGAUGUUGUGCUGUAUCUCGGAAUCAUUGACAUAUUGCAAGACUACAGCAUGGGAAAGAAGAUUGAACACGCAUACAAAUCUCUUCAGUUUGAUUCCUUGUCCAUCUCUGCUGUCGACCCUACAUUCUAUUCGCGGCGCUUCUUGGAGUUCAUCCGGAAGGUGUUUCCUCCAAAUGCCUUAACAAGGUAAAAACCUGGUGUUCCAAACCUCAUCUGAGAGUACUUUUGAUAAGGCCUCCAGUUUGCAUGCCUUCAAGGACCGUUGGCACGAGCGGUCUAUGAAAUGUUUGGGGAGUGCAUUCGGGGAGCGUCGUUGAUUAUGGCAGCAUUGAGCAGCAGCUGGGUUGAGUGAUCAUAAUGAUUUGGUUGAAAAUUUUGAAUUUGUUUCUCUACUCCCUCUGCUUUCGCUACUUUAGGAGCGCCUGCUGCUUCAUUACAUGUACUUGUAUCCAUUUUCCGAUUAAGGUAUUGUGUUUAAUCGAUAAGAGACAUCCAAACCGUCUUUUUUGCACGCGAGCGGCUGUAAAUGAUUGAUUAUAAAUUGGAAAAUAAUUUCCGCACU